GAAACUAUCAACUUCAAACGUGAAGAUACGUAAGAAACACUUAGAAAAUGCAGAAUGAUGACGGUGACAGUUCCAGUUUGAGUAUUUACAAGUUUAGACGCAAAAUAGAUAGACCCGAUUUAUCAAUUAACCCUACUGCUAUAGGGCGCUUUUCGGAGGUACAAUCCCAUAACAUAUUGAUUGAGUUGGACGGGCAAAAGCGCCAGAGAACUUAUGCUAUACUUCAAGAACCCCGACCCGACUUUCACAGCAACAGGCUACGUUACGUGCUCUUAAUUUACACUAACUCUAUGUGGAAUCUGUUCAUUCUAUCAACCAUUUUCUUUGCAUACUUCUUAGAAACAUGUCUCUAUACGUUUAACAGACCACACGAAAGGUCUAUCUGGUUCAUCGUCCUAGUGCUAUUUUUGAACGCUGUGUUCACCAUAGAUGUCGCCAUUGUCUUCGGAUUGAAGUUCUUCGAAAAGUGGCGAAAGACACUAAACUUAGUGGAACCGGACACAAAGCGUGUAAUACUAGAUGCUGUUCUGGCAUUACCAUAUUCCUUUGUGUAUUUCAUGAAACCUCAAGAAUACACACCAUUUAGCUACCAUGCUGUCGCCCCAAUAAUGGCCACUAUACGUGUGUACAAAAUAAUUGAAUACUCCUACAGUAAAUCUUCACGAGCUGGAACCAACCAGUGGACUACGUUCUUGGCACAGUACCUUAUUCUGUUUUUAUUGGCAGUGCAUACUUGGACCUGUAUAUGGUACUUAUUUGCGCACAAACACUUUGAUAUACAUGAAAUACGGUCAUCCUGGUCUGUAGCUACUGUAAAACUUCCAACAGAAACAACGUUUGAUUGGUACUUUGUUGGUGCUUAUUGGUCUGUAUUAUUUUUUACGACAAACUCACUUGGAGAUAUUUAUCCUGUAACUACAUAUGAAAGAAUAGUAGCUGCGAUCGCCAUAUUACUAGGAUUUUUGCUAACGACUGUAGUGUUCGUUGGUUCUCUGACAUCACUGUUUAUUACCAUAACGACUAGACGAGCAAAGUAUGUAAGGCAAUUAAAGAAAAUACAAAAUCAUUUGUCAUUGAUAAAAAUGGAUCCUGAAACGACAAAGCGUAUUAUAAGAUAUUACGAGGAUCUUUGGUAUCAGAAAUCUGGCGUGUUUAAACCCAAGCUCAUGAAACUACUACCAGCUCCAUUGCAAAUGGAAAUUUUUUACGACCUUAAUGCGGUGCCUCUCUACAGUUCUUUGAUAUUCAGAAAACUUCCGGAAGCAUUCCUUAGAAGACUAUCUGUCAAAAUGACUCACCAGUUUUAUUUACCUGGCGACAUUGUUUAUAAUCACAAUCAAAACAAGACUAUUAUGAUUUGUGUCACAAGCGGCGUCUUAGAACUAUUAUCCGAUGAGGAUGACGAAAGCCCAAUGAUAUCUUUUGCUAAAGGAACAUGUUUCGGGGAAAUUUCAUUGGUGUAUAACAUACCAGCACGAUGUACAGUCAAAGCAGCGACAUACGUGGAAUGUCAAGUUCUUAGUAAGACAGACUUCAUUAAGUUGAUGAUAACUUAUCCUGAUAUAGUUGCUAAGAUUCGUAAAGAACUUCAAGAAAGAAUAUAUCGAAGUCAUUGCAGAAAACAAAAGCAGGGAAACGACAAUCAGUUAACUUUGAAUAUUUAUGCUUCCAAAGAUAGAAAGAAGAGCAGCAUUAAAUGCUUAAAAGACAAACUACGUUAUAUUCAAGGUUUUAGUGAUAUCGAAAAUUUCACAAAGGAUGAUGAACUUGAUGAAAAUUGUUUAGAUCUAUACAUUUUAUCGGAACACGUUAAAAAGCGUACUACUGCAUUUACCUGCUUAACUUCAAAUUUUCCUUGGAUCUUGGAAUCAGAUUGCUACCUCGUUAAAUAUUGGCAACUAUACAUGCUCAGCAUUGUGUUCUAUGUGUGCCUUCUUUAUCCUUAUUUUAUUGGUUUCAAAAGAGAAUUCCCAAGAGGAAUAUUCUUCUAUAUAGAAAUUGUCAUUACAAUUUCUUUAGUGUUAAAUGUGUUCAUAACCAUUGUCACUUCUGUGAAGACUAAAAAGAGAUACAUAAGAAAUUUUUUAAGCAUAUUAAAUUAUCGAAUGUAUACUUUGGGAUUUUAUAUGGAUGUCUUUGCUAUUAUUCCAUUCGAAUACAUUGUUACAAUACAUACAAAUGCAUCGUACCUAGAUAAUUACAGAAAUCAUUUGUUUUAUCUCUGUAAAGGCACUAAACUUUGCUUAGUGUGGAGAUUAUCAAGCUUUUUUGAUGAGUUGGAAAGGAAAUUGCUCGCGAAUACUAUAAUAGUUAAGAUUGUCAAGUAUUGUGUUUAUAUUGGAUUCAUCUGUUACUGGUCUGGCGUGAUUUUAUACAUGGAAUCAUGUUUCGUGAGUAGAUGUUCCAAAAAUUCGUGGUUCGCUAGUGCUUUGACCUGGGAAAAUCAAAGAAGCGGCGUGACAUCAAGCAAAACAAAAUAUCAUAUUCUAACCGCGACCUAUUUUGCUACUACUACAUUACUUUCCGUUGGCUAUGGUGAUUUUACUCCUGGUGAUCAAUUUGAUAUGGAAUUCGUAGCAUUUCUUAGUUUAUACGGAGUUUUGCUAACUGGAUAUUGUGUAUCUGAGUUUUCUGCUGUUGUGACACAUUGGUCUAGGACUAAGACAGCUUUUCUGGAAGUUAUUAUUACUAUGGAUAGAUUCAUGAAAGAAAAUAAUAUGCACUCGGCGAUAAAAUCGAGAAUCAUGUCCUUUUACGAGCUGCAGUGGCAGUAUAAUUCGGGUGUUGAACUAACUGGCGAAAAUUGGCUUGAGAGAACUGUAGUGCCUUCUGAGUUACGAAAAAAAGUGCUUCAUCAGGCGCGAUUCAGGACGCUUACUUCAAUUAGGUUCUUUCAAGUGAAAAAUAAAGCUUACAUUCAUACGCUAACAGAAACUGCCAGGGAUAUAAUCCUACCACCGGGAGAGAUAGUAUACUACGGCGGCACCGUUACACGAGAUCUGUAUAUAAUUGAGAGCGGUUAUUGUAUGGUGACAUCUAAGGAGAUGAGAGAAACUAAGAGGGAACGUGUCAUUGGCCCCGGGAACCAUCUGGGUUUAUUGGUGUUGUUAUAUGGCGUGCCCGCUGUCAGCACUGUAAUUACUCUGACACAUUGCAAACUGAUAAGUAUAAGUCAUUUCGCGUACACAUCAGCUUUGAAUCUGUUCCCGGAUAUGAGAGAACAUGAUGGAUUGCUCUUGCCAGAAGAACUAAAGAAAAUAGAGCAAAUAGCAAAAUCUCAAAAUACGGAUGCCUAUUUAAAGCAUUACAACCUUCUGACGGAAAAACGUAAUAAGAAACGGAUAACGAAUAUGCUGCAGGACUUCUUUAACAAUUCCUUUAUAAACGUUUUGGAGGAUUAUAGAAAAAGGAAGGAGAAAUAUUUGAAAUCAUACAAACAGUUCCAUGUAUUUAACAAUUUAUCUCCGUAUCUGCUGAUGCCGAUAGCGAUCAAGCCAGAUGGCGUCUUUAUUAAAAUAUGGGCUAUCCUAAGAGUGUGUGCUGCUUAUCUCCUGAGUUUGCUGAUUCCAAUUGUUAUUGCGACGGCUCCAACGUGCAAGCUUUUCAAUAUAGCAAUUGUAGUUUUGGAAUGUUUUUGCUACGUAGAUUUAUAUCUGAUGCUACACGUUGCCUUCUAUGGCCACAAAAAUCAACUUAUCUAUCACCCAUACCUAACUGCGAGAAAUUAUUUAAGGAGGACGUUCGUGGUAGAUCUUCUCACAUGUUUCCCGUGGUACGCCUUGUGGAAACUAUUUGUGCCAAAGCAUAAUGAAGGUCAUACUCUAGAUGACCAUCAAGCUAACGCCCAUAUGUACCAUUGUAUCAUCAGAAUGGUUAACGUGUUGCAAAUUUAUAAACUUUAUGCGGCAUUUUGGGCAGAGUCGAUCGGUGCUUUAAAAAGGGCAUAUUUGAUGAGCGUCGUCCAAUUCCUGCUAUUAACCCUUUUCUUUUUAAAUCUGUACACCUCAAUAUUAAUGACAAUGACGUGCAGAUAUGUAGUUGCAUAUGAUAACGAUGAUUUUGUUACAAAGCUUGAAAAGUUGUCCUUAGCGGGACCGUACAUGAAAACUACGUAUAACUUGAGAGGAAAUAUGAUUUGUAAACAAGGUUCUUGGAUAGAUGGUAGUAAAAUAUUUACAGACAACUAUCUAUCCCCAGACAAGGUUUAUUUGCUGGCUUACUAUUGGACAGCUGCGAGUUUCACUGGCGCAGGUUUUGGUGAUAUCACGGCCCAAGACACCUCCCACAUGUUACUCUCAAUUUGCAUUAACAUACACGGCGUUUUGUUUUUUGGCUACGUGUAUGCACGUAUAGCAUCAUUAAAAGCGAUGGCUGAUCAAGUGGUUACUACAUUCCAAGAGAAUUUGAAGCAUUUAGAGCUAUUUUUAAAUCGAGAGAAGGUACCUUAUCUGUUGAAAAAGUCUGUCAUCGACUACUGGAAAUAUCAAUGGAAAAGAACCGGGGGCUGGUCGCAUCAAAAAAUUUUGGGCAAACUACAUGCCAAUUUGAACGAAGACGCAGUUUUAUACAUGUACGAAAAAACAUUAAGAGAAAUACCGUUAUUUGAAGAUGUGGAGUAUUCUUUCUUUAGAGCUUUCGCGAAAAAACUUAAGGAGAGAUAUUUCCAAAAAGGCUACAUGGUGAUGAGAUCUAAUGAGGUCAUAAGUAACAUGUACAUUAUUUAUCGCGGUAAAGUGGAUAUAAUCAGUAACAUUAACGAAGUUGAAGCCUGUAUGGGGCCGGGAGGAAUUUUCGGAAAUAUUCGCGGUGCAUCAAAAUAUUUAACCAUGUCUAAUGUAAUGGCAUCAAGGAACACAGAUUUGUUGUGUAUUGAAGGCUCGGAUUUCUAUUCAUUAUUAAAGAGUUACCCCACAGUGUUGAGGAAGGUAAAAUAUUCAGUGGAUACUACAACGAAAGAUUAUGUUUUGCCAACGGUUAUGUCCGAAAAAUGUAGCAUGGAAAUAGAAACAUAUCCCCUAACGUAUGAAGCUGAUGAGGACGAUGAUGAAGAAAUAGACCCGAAUAUAUUUCUAGACAGCCCCGAUGACAAAAGUGUUGCCGAAUCUCACGGAUCAAGGUCUAUAACUUCUGGUGAUUACGCGGACUAUAUUUCAGCGAUUUGGCUGUUAUUUAAACCACACAGGUGGUUUCGUAGCAGUGUAGUUCCAGAUUCUACUUGGCUCACAUUUAUUGAUUAUUUAAUUAUGGCCCUCUCGUACAUGGACUUCUUGAUUCUUGUGUACCAAAUGGCAUUUCUGUCCAAUGCUUACUUCUUCUAUAUGUGCGUUGUGUUCGAUAUCAUCUUCUUGUAUAAAGCGUUCCUAGACAUGCACAGCGGCUAUAUGAACAGAUACGGUGAUUAUGUGUUGAACCCGAAGAAAGUGCGGAAAAUGUACUUUUCUAAGGUUUACCUGCGUAGACGUGACUUUCUAGUCAACUUACCGAUAUCAUACUUGGCAUUUUCAAUGACUUUACGUCCGUCGGUGCAGCACGCGUUAUUCUGCUAUUUGCGAACACCACAGCUGUUUAGGAUAUCAUACUUGUUCACAUAUCGACAGCAUAGGACGAUAAAUAUCGGAUCUGCGAACCUUUUCCUUAAAUUGACAACGAUUGCGAUAUGGGCAUCACUGCUAUCACAUGUAAACGCAUGUCUAUUUUUCAAACUGUCCUGUCUCACCCCAGUACAUUGCACAUCAGCUAAUUGGAUAUCAAAAGAGGAGUUGAAUUUACGAGGAAACUACGCCGAGAAAAACUUCUUCCCACUCUACAUAGCCUCGCUAUGGUACAUGUUUAACUUGCUUACCAUAACAGGGACCGGUGACGUAUCAUCCCAAAACGAUUUUGAAGUCAUUGAAACCAUAUUUAUAACAAUCAUUAUAAAAUUCUGCACAGGUCUCCUAAUAUCAGAAAUGUCAGCAAUGAUCACAGCACACUCGUCAUCACGUAUUGCGUACGACUACGGUAUAAACGAGUUGCGUGACGGUUUGCGUGAUACAGACCUCAGUGAUCAUCAAAUGAACAAGAUGUGGGACUAUGUGCGGGAAUUGUGGAAUCGACAACAGGGGAAACAGAUGCCAAUACUAGUUUACGAGUUACCAUUCCGUCUUCGUUGCCAAGUCAUGCAAGCAGUCUAUGGGAGUCAUAUAAGAGAAUCGCUCAUAUUCAGGAAGGCGGACGACGAUUUCAAACGGAUGCUAUCAAUGUGGCUUAAGCAUUGUGUGUUUUUUCCCGGAAACUAUAUCGUUCAACGUGGUGAUGCUGACCAGUCCAUAUACUUUAUACACAGGGGAGAGGUGGAAGUGUUAACAGUCCAUCAGAACCUAACCGAAUCCAUUUAUGAUAUCCUAGGACCAGAAGAUAGUUUUGGUGUGGCUCAGGGCUUAUUUGUGGGAGUGACUCACCACUUUUCCUUCCGAGCACGCACUGUCGUCGACAUUGUGUAUUUAAAGCUUGACGAAUGGAAAUAUUUACUGGAUUUCUACCCGUCGUCAGCGAAAAUUGUACAAAGAAAAGUUGAAAAUGUCUACUUAGCUAUUUAGCAAAUAAAUUAUAUAGGUACUAAAGGCAUGUUACACCACCAUCCGACAAACGUCGGAUAACCGCUAUGAAAGUUUUAAAACUUUCUUACUUUAUGUCAAGUGACAAAGACAAA